UUUUUAAGGAUCAUUUGCACGGUCACACAAAUCCUAACUUUUGCAAAUUUUACGCGGUUUAAGUUGCGUCUUUGAUUUUUAAUGGUUUUUGUUAAUUAUUGUGAUGUCUGUGACAAAUGAGAAGACCUCAAUAGGGAAGCGAGAUAGCAGCUUUCCCGUUUCCUUCAAGGAAUUUCAGCGGUUGAUUGUAAACUUGCAAGAAAUAGCACUCCAGUUGAAGGCUGCCAAUGAUGGCAGUAAAACGCUAGACCACUGGACUCGGUGGUACUACGAAGAGUUCUACCGGAAUCCCAGUAUUCGGGAGCAGUAUCCGUUUAAGGUCGGACCAUGUCCCGGGCGGAUUCGCUCGAAAUUGCUCAAGAUGCCCGAGCCUGCAAAGACGCCUGAUAACAUCAUCAAUGCAUCACAUUCCCGCCCAGAAGCUUCACCGCUCCCGCAACCAGAAUCCGAGGCGAUGGUUGUAGAAAGCCAGUUGCAACCCACGCCCAACGUUAUAGUCAAAUCAGAGAGCGAUUCAUCACCAGACUGCGACGGUGUUACGGUUAGAGUGGACAAAGCUGGCACCUUUGUCUUUCCGGUAUCCUUUAAAAUAUUCGAAAAGAACCUCAACAAGAUGGAGGUAUUUAAAAGGAUCGCCAAGAGCCAGGAUUAUCUAAAGCUUGCGGCCGAUGACCAUUACCGAAUGCAGCUGCUUAGAAAGUUCUAUAACCGCUUCUAUAUGCAUCCGGAAAGGCGAUCCUCUACGAAUUUAUUCAAGGAAGUUCCGGAUAUCCUUUUGGCUAGGUUGCUCAAAUCUGGAAGACCGCAUGACGCAAUGGCCGUAAAGAGUAUGGCAGAGUAUGCUGCCAGAAAGACGCUUGAAAACAAAUCCAUCGUCACUUUUGUGUUGUUCAAGGAGAAUUUGUCGAACUUAUCUGACAUUGUGGAGCAAAUGAAGCAAAAGGACAAUUAUUAUGAGAGCAAGGACUUCCAAGAGUGUGCUUUCGACUUCUACCUGGCAUUUUACAUAACUCCAGAGAUCCGGGAGAAGUAUGAGUAUGAGCUGCGGCCAGGAACGUCGACCAUGCAGGCUCGCAUGCUAGCCGUUCUCAGCAAGAAGGUUGCCGAGGAACUAAGACAAAGCUUGCCGCAACUAGCCAAUCCCUCACCAGCUCUUCAACUGCCCGUGUACAAGAGUCCCGAGAAGUCCACUGAAAAAGCUAAAGCUGGAAAAGAAAAUGUAGCAAGAUCUGAAGAUGCCAAAAAGUCCGCUCAAGUCCCGGAGAUUAUAAGUAUGGAAGUUGCCGUCGAAUUGCCGCAGUUAGCUAUUCCUUUAGCAGGACUCGAACUGUCCAGGUCUAAGACUCCUGAGAGUUCCCCUGCCAAAGCUAAUAAUGAGGAUCAAUUUGUAGACACCAUUAGCAAGAAGGCUGUGGUCGAACUGCCUCAAUUAGAUAUUCCUUCGGCAGGACUCGAACAGCUCAGGUCCAAGAGUCCCGAGAGGUCCCCAGCAAAAGCCAAAAAUGUGAAUCAAGUUGUAGAGAUAAUUAGCAUGGUAAAACUGCCGCAGUUAGCUAUUCCUUCGGCAGGACUCGAACAGCCCAGGUCGAAGACGCCUGAGAGGUCCCCUGCAAAAGCUAAUAAUGUGAAUCAAAUUGCAAAGAGUCUUCCCUUUGAGACUGAUGUUGAAGUGAGCAUUGGAAAGUGGGGUCGCUUUAGGUUUCCUGUUUCUUAUAAUACAUUUCGAAACUACAUUAAUUACGACGAGAUUAUUCCUAUUAUUCUAAAGAAACAUUACGCUCGAAAUGAGGGUGUACUAAAAGAAUUAAUUGCUGAUACGUCGAAUCCACAGUGCGGAAAAAUCUUUCGCCAGUCUUAUAAUAGAUUCUAUGUUCACAACGAGAAAUUUCGCAAAAAAAUUCCAUAUAAAUUUAACUGCACGGAUUCCAACAUGCUGAACAAGUUUCUAGAAAGCGCAAAACCAUUGGAUGAGGCAGCCACAAAAACUAUGUGUCUCUUUGCCUCAGAAGAUAAGAAGGAUGUUCCGAAGGCAAUUGAAAUCCAAGUGACUUGUCCUCCCGAGAAACCGGUAGAGCACCGACCACCGAGUGUUAUGGAGGUUUGUCCAAAUGAACCAGAUUGCCAGGAUGUUUGCACCACAAAGAACCCCUGCGAGGGAAGACGCGCCAGUCCCAACAAUGUGAUAGAGAAAAACGAAGAUGUUACCGAGAACAGCGGCCAAAUACCUCCUCCAGUAUCUUUGAAAACGUUCAAACACCAUGUAAGCAAUCUAAAUGAAAUUGCUACUGAAAUGCUCUUGUGUCCCGAGUACAAAGAAAAAUCCAAGGAGGAUGUUAUUCGGGAAUAUUACCAAGGCUUCUAUUCCGGGCAGGAAAUGCGGGAGAGAUUCGUUUGCCGGUUUAAGCCGUGUCCCAGCAAAAUGCUAGAAAAGUUAUUAUGUUUUCCGCCGAGUAAUAGAGAGGUAUUUCCAAAGGAACCAGAUUGCCAGGAUGUUUGUACCGCAGAGAAACCCAGCGAGGAAAUUGAAGAUAAGCCAAACAGCCAAGCGGUUUUUGCGGUACCUAGAAAUGUUAUACCAAAAAGAAAAGAAAGCAGGCAAAUAACAAAAAACGAAAAGAAAGCGACGCCUAUAGCUAACCAACCGCUGUUAGAAAAUCAAUGCAAAACUACUUUGGUCGCCUCUGAUGUUGUUACUCAUCCCGAAAUAAACCACUUUUUUCCAGUUGAGAUAAUGGAAUCGCAUAAUGAACAAACAGUUGUAAAACCUUUGCACAUUUCGGAAGAUUGUAAUGCAGCCAGGAUGUUAGAAUUAAAUUGCAAACCAGAGAUCGAUGCGGUUGAACUCGAGGCCCACAAUAUGUUUACCUACUUGUUUGAUGGUAGCACCUGCCCGGAAAUGCAAGAUUCUCUUAAAAUCCAAUUCAAUCACUACCGACUGGCUCAAAAGGAACCUUUACAUUCAGAUACCAAUCCUGAUGAAACUGCAACAACUGCAUCAAAAGAAAAUCAGCCGGUACCAACUUCAAAUCCCAUCGAGGUCGAUAAAAUCAGCGAAGAUCAUGAUCCCAUCAAGCUUAUCACUGCCUCUAAAGAGAAUGAGUUGGAGGAAAGUUCAAAGCAACCAGUAGAUGAACUAGAACAGGCGAAUAGAAUGGAGAUCCAGGUUGAAACGUCCAACAAUCGAGGAACUAGUCCGAGCAGUCCAAAAUGCGCAUCAGAAAAUAUUUCCAGAGAUGAAGGGGUAUCGACGAAAACAGAUGAAAAUCCUUCAGUUGCACCGAGUUCACCCCGAAAUACAGAUGAUGAAACACUUCUCGGCCAAGCUAAAGAUAUAUUUUUCGCUGAAAAUGACAAGGAUCACAAUAUGAGGUACAUGAUCUGCACAAGCCAAGGCCUCAUGAGGACCAUUUGGCGUAUACUAUACCAACUAACUCUUCAGGAAUUCUGUCAAUACACGAGUAUCCAUGACGCGGAGGCCUUGUACAAACGCGAUGAAGAUUUACAGUGUUGCUUUCGCCACGUCGUGGGUCUUGGCAACUGGCCAAUAAAUCUAUAUGUCCGUUUGGGAUUCUUAAAACAGCUUCUCCAUAGUAAGGGAGUGCAGCUGGAUAAGCUGGAACUGUCAAGUAUAUCGCCAAAAAUACUGAGCCCUUGGGAGUUAGGUUCCUACUCGGAUUUCGACAAGAUCGUCGAAGAGGAGUACACCUAUCACACCGGCGAUAUAAUUGAUGAUGUAGUCCAGUUGUGCCAAGAGAGAGAGAAACUAUAUGCGGCUUGUUGGACACGUAACAUGUGGAUUUCACGGGUACCUCAGAUCGCUGAAGAGGUACUGAAUGCCGAAAUUGGGGAAGUGGAGUCGUCUCUCGAUGGGAUUUCAUUAAGGCCAAUUUGUGGUGUGAAAAGCGAAUAUGAAAAUAGUCCAACCGAAGUUGUUUCAAUUGCCUCAAGUUCUGAUACAGUGUGUGAGGAAACAACUUGUCCGCCCACUCAGCUCAACAGUUCAAACUUUGUAGACAUAGAGUGUGUGGACCCAGCUUCCCAAGUGCCACAACUGGCAGACGAUCCACUAACACCAGAGGAAACAGUUCCAGAAACUCCUCCUAAUGAUCAUCUGCCAACGUCGUCGGUGUUGGUGACGGUCAAGAAGGAGCCUAUAAGUUUGCCCAACAACCAACGUGCCACCCUUUCCAGCUCCGAAAAUUGCCAAUGGGAAGAAAUCACGCCCCAGGAGCAAAUAAUAGACUUGGAUGCCAGCCAAAAUGAAGGAUCGAGUUUGUCCUGCUUUGCCAUCACAAAACCAAAAGAGAUGGCAGCCGGCCAGAAGCUAAAUUUGAUCCUGUGUGAGAAUGACAGCGAAACUGACGAGAACUUUAAUAUGUUGGAAGCCCCAACCUCUAAAGAAUUGUCGGCUAAUGUGGCUCCAACGCGCGAUCAGUCCAAGCUCGCGCAGGUUCAGAUUCCUGUGGUUCUGGGAAAGAGACGGUCACCAUCCGUAGAAUUGCCUAGUAAGCGAAUUAAAGUGGUUAACGAAAAGGUGCCACAGUUGCGACAUGAGUUCCAGCCGCUGCCGAUUGGUAUAAUGGUGCGUGUUGAGUCUGGAGGGAAUAAUCGAAAAGAUUGUCAAGCAACGGCGACGCAUCAGCCAGAAGAGAAGAACAUAUUGGAGAAACCUCCUAAUCUUCAAAAUGCACCAUCGCCGCAACCGGCAGAGGUCACCAUCACUCCCUCGCAGGAGUUCGCCGCUGGAAACACACUUCUGGAAUGCACCCAGCUGCAGCACCUGCUAGAUUCCACGAACGUCAACACUCGCCAGGUAAAUGAAGAACCUACUGAUACUGUUUUGGUCGAGCCUCGUGCUCCAGAGCCCCUUGGUGCUUCUCCUCUUCAGCGCACCGUUGUAUUCCGUGACCUGGAUCGCUUCUGUUUUGUAAACCGACUAACUGUUCAGCAAAUCAUGAAGUAUCGCAUCGAACGACACCUACCCGGUGCGACUUAUCAGGACGCAUUGGUCAAGAUCGACGAAAGGUUGUGCAACGUGCGUGGUCCUCUGCUGAGCUGCCUAUUCCCCCAUCUCUCAUCCGAACUGCGAUCUGAUUUGGAGUAUGUGCUCCGGGACUUGGGAGAGUUUUGGUACAAGUGGAACUGGCCAAGGCACAAAGAUAGCACCGUUGAUAUUCGCACACGAGUUCUCACCGUGUUCGUAAAUCUGAGCCCAAAUUUUGGGCAAUUUCGCGUACAGUUCGAUAAUGAAUCCAGGGAAUGGGGUACCUGCAGCGAAGUUGCCAAGGAGGAGCCGGAUAUCGUGGAGCAGGAGACAAGUUGCAACGUAGCCGAGUUCUUAAGCCCGCGCAUCUUGAGUCGGAUAAGGGAAUUGAAGCAGCUGAUAGAUUGAAACUAAUCCAAAAAAAAUGUUUUGACUUUAACUUGUUAUUUA